AUGCCGCGCACUGCCCUCUUUGUCAUUGACAUCCAAAACGAGCUCGCCGGGCAUCCACAGACCGAGGUGCCCGGCGCCGCGCGCAUCCGCACCGCCGGCUCGCAGAUCCUCCGCAUCAGCCGCGCCCUCGCCGAUGCCGCCGCCGCUACACCCCCGGAAGAACAGCAAAAUCCCGCUCUAACUGUCUUUGUGCAGCAUGAAGAGAGCCCCGAGAGCGGUGGCACGCUCCUCCGCGGCGCUGAGCCAUGGAAGCUCGUCUUUCCGCCGCGCGAGGAUGCCGUAGACGAGAUUCUCGUCGCCAAGACGACUCAAAAUACAUUCGAGUCGAACCCAGACUUCGCAGACCGGCUGCAAAACGCAGGCGUGGACCACAUCAUCGCUUUCGGCCUGCAGAGCGAGUGCUGCGUGGCCGAGACGUGCAAGGGCGCGCUGGCAGCGGGUUUCAGGCUGACGAUAUUGCAGGGCGCGCACUCCACGUAUGAUGAAAAGCAGAAGACGGCGGCGGACAUUGAGAGGCAGAUUGAGGAGAUGCUGGUGAGCCGCGGCGCAGAGGUGGUGCCUUGGGAGAACGCAGUGUCGCGGUGGGAAACGGCGGGUGUUGUGUGCUAA